AUGGCAUUCAAGCUGCUGGUUGCUGCACAUGCGGCGGCGGCAAUAGCUGUUGAGGAGGCACCCUUCCUCUCGGAGGACUGCAAUGUGAGCCUGCUACAGAUGCAGCUGCAUAUGGGCAGCGAGCUGGACAAGGCGCCCGACUUUUCGGCUACGCUGGCGCGCCUUAUGAAAGCCACUGCGGAGGAGCCUCAUGCCUUUGAGGGGUGCCUGGACCCGGAUCCCUGUGACCUGGACUGGGAGCAGCUCAGAUCACAGGGAGCCUGCAACAAGCUGGAGGCUGAAACAAUGCAGGCUCCAAUUCGAGACGUCGUUGCGAAGCAUGCGGAUGAGGACGGAUGGUGCGUGUUUGGAGCACUAGGUGCAUGGACCUCUGCAUGCGCUGUCGCACACGAUUUGAAGAACCUGACUUACUUUGCAGAGGGCUUCCAGUCCCUGUACCAACUGAGUCUCAACCUUCCCAUCAUGACUUAUUCGCCCGUGACGCUGCGCUUGCCAGGUGGGCAGAGUUUGACGAUCAGAGACCACGCGUAUCCGUUGGAUGAAAUGCUGGAUGAGUCGGAUCGUGAUUCGAAGGUCUUGAAAGAAGCCAUGGACAGCGGCAAGCUGGCGGUUGACAUCGACCAAGCCACCGUCGAUGGUAUGCGCCUGCAUGGAGCGGCCAAGUGUGCCAUGUCUAACGGGCAGCGCCCUGUAUGCGACGUCUCAAACUGUGCAGCACGUGGCUGCCUUCCGGCAGAUGGCAGCGGAGUCCUAG